AUGAGAAUCCGCUGCACAGCAACAACAGACACGGUCUGUGCCCCCUGUCAAGACGAAUACUUUAGCAGUGAGCACAACCACAACUUCUGCCAGAGUUGUACAAUCUGCAACGCUAGGAAGGGGAGUGUGGAAGUGAAGAAGUGUGAGAAGACCUCUGAUAGAAUUUGCAAGUGUAUGGCAGGUUACAUGCCAGAUGUCAGCUUUACACUGGGAAGUGUAUGCUUACCAUGUCCUGAAGGGUCUUAUUCCAUAGGGGAAAAUGAAAACUGUCGACCUUGGACCAACUGCAGCAUUCUUGGGAAAAACACUCUUCAACGAGGGACGAAAACACAUGAUGCUGUUUGCAGCAACCAUGUCACACAGCCAGCUGCCUCUCAGAGUGUAACACCUGCUUUGAAUCUUUCCACCACUGAGCACAAGAAUAAUAUGUCGACUGCAAUAUUCUCACCAUCCAGACCCAGUGUGAUUACUUUCAUUUGCCCGGAUACGACCAGCCCCACAGAGACUAACUGGGGGUCUUUAUCACUUAUCCUUAUUUGUCUGAUACUGCUCAUGGUGAGUGGAAUGUCCAUCCUCCUGUUGAUUAUCCAAGCAGCCAAAAAAGAGACCAAGAGGAGGCCUUAUAAAAACAACCAUCAGCAAAGGAGCUUUCGAAUUCCUAUCCAGGAAGAACAAAUUGACUCCAAUUCUAGUCUCAUCAAAAACUGA